GAGAUCUUUCUCGCCUUAGAGAAGAAGAAAAGCGCGGGCCUUAAAUAAAAACCACUCUUUCUUUCUCUAUUCUUCCGAACAAAUCAAACAAACUCACUCACUCUCACUCACCCUAGGGUUACCUAUUUCUUCCUUCUCCGAUGGCACCUGAUCCUAAUCGCUCCGGCACCGGCGCCAGUUCCAGUCGCACUACCAAAAUCGACUCCAACACGAAGAACAAAGUCCAAAUCGAAGACAUGUCAGACGAGGAUUUGGCUUUGAAGCAGCAACUAGAGUUGUAUGUUGAAAGAGUUCAGGAUUCCGACCCCGAGUUGCAGAAGGUUGCUCUUGAGAGCAUGAGGUUAGAAAUUAGAACCUCAACAAGCUCCAUGACUUCAGUACCCAAACCAUUAAAGUUUCUUCGCCCCCAUUAUGGUACUCUUAAGGCUUUUUAUGAAACUAUGGCUGAAUCAGAUUUGAAGAAGUACUUGGCAGAUAUCUUGUCAGUUUUGGCCCUUACCAUGUCUGUUGAAGGAGAAAGAGAAAGCCUUAAAUACAGAUUAUUUGGCUCAGAGGGUGAUAUUGGUUCAUGGGGCCAUGAGUAUGUCAGAAAUUUGGCUGGGGAGAUUGCACAAGAGUACGUGCAAAGACAGAGCGAAGAAGCCCCAAUAGAUGAUUUAAUCGAACUCGUUCGACAAAUAGUUGCUUUUCACAUGAAGCACCAUUCGCAGCCUGAAGCUGUUGACCUUUUAAUGGAGGUUGAAGACCUUGACAUGCUGAUUGAACACGUGGACAAAACAAAUUUUAAGAGGACUUGCCUGUAUCUCACCAGUUCAGCUAGAUACCUUCCUGAACCAGAUGAUAUGAAUGUUCUGGACCUUGCAUGUUCAAUUUAUUUGAAAUUUGAAGAAUAUCCAAAGGCUCUCCAAAUUGCAUUGUUCAUGGAUAAGAUGCAGUAUGUGAGGAAGGUGUUCACUUCUUGUAAUGAUUUGCAUCAAAAGAAGCAAUUCUGUUACAUUCUUGCACGUCAUGGAAUUGCUUUUGAGCUCGACGAGGAAAUGGCUGCAAAUGAAGACGAUAGAGAAAUGUUACAGGAUAUCAUAAACAAUUCUAAGUUAAGUGAAGGAUAUCUAGCUCUUGCUCGUGAUAUUGAAGUGAUGGAGGCCAAGUCCCCUGAGGACAUAUACAAGACACACUUGCUUGAUGGCCAUGCAAGUACUGGUGCAAAUGUUGAUUCAGCUAGGCAAAAUCUUGCUGCUACUUUUGUUAAUGCAUUUGUAAAUGCUGGCUUUGGUCAGGACAAGUUAAUGACUCUUCCACCAGAUGCUCCAAGUAGCGGUUCUUCUGGAAAUUGGCUUUUCAAAAACAAGGAACAUGGGAAGACUAGUGCUGCAGCAAGCCUGGGUAUGAUUUUACUCUGGGAUGUAGACUCUGGACUGGCACAACUUGAUAAGUACUUUCACAGUAAUGAUAACCAUGUUAUUGCUGGUGCAUUAUUGGGAGUUGGUAUUGUCAAUAGUAGCAUCAAGAAUGAUUGUGACCCGGCUAUGGCACUCCUUGGAGACUACACAGAUAAAGAAGACUCUUCGGUUAGGAUUGGUGCAAUUAUGGGAUUGGGAAUAGCAUAUGCAGGUUCCCAAAAUGAGCAGCUACGAUGCAAAUUGUUACCUAUUCUCAAUGAUGCUAAAGCUUCACUCGAUGUGAUUACUUUCACUGCAAUUUCAUUGGGUUUGAUCUAUGUGGGUUCUUGCAAUGAGGAAGUUGCUCAAGCACUCAUAUUUGCACUGAUGGACCGGAGUGAAUCAGAGUUGGAAGAUCCCCUUGCAAGACUUUUACCUCUUGGCCUUGGUCUUCUGUAUCUUGGAAAACAGGAAAGUGUGGAGGCAACUGCUGAAGUUUCAAAGACAUUUAAUGAAAAAAUUAGAAAGUAUUGUGACAUGACACUACAAACGUGUGCCUAUGCUGGAACUGGGAAUGUUCUCAAGGUGCAAAAUCUUUUGGGUCAAUGUUCACAACAUCUUGACCAAGGAGAAACCCACCAGGGUCCUGCAGUGCUUGGCAUUGCUAUGAUAGCAAUGGCUGAAGAGUUAGGUCUUGAGAUGGCAAUUCGGUCAUUGGAACAUCUUCUCCAGUAUGGAGAGCAGAAUAUUCGCCGAGCAGUUCCUCUGGCACUUGCUUUACUUUGCAUAUCAAAUCCAAAGGUCAAUGUUAUGGACACGUUAAGUAGACUUAGCCAUGAUACUGAUUCAGAAGUAGCAAUGGCAGCAGUUAUCUCCUUGGGUCUAAUAGGCGCUGGAACCAACAAUGCUCGAAUUUCUGGCAUGCUUCGCAAUUUGUCAAGCUAUUACUACAACGAUACCAGCCUUCUAUUUUGUGUUCGGAUUGCCCAAGGUCUUGUACAUAUGGGAAAAGGCUUAGUAACACUUAAUCCUUACCAUUCUGAUCGCUUUUUAUUAUCACCGACAGCACUUGCUGGACUAAUUACUAUGUUGCAUGCAUGCCUCGAUAUGAAAACCAUUUUGUUGGGAAAAUAUCACUAUGUUCUUUACUUCCUCGUUUUAGCAAUGCAGCCGAGAAUGUUAUUGACCGUGGAUGAGAACCUGAAGCCCAUAUCAGUGCCUGUUCGGGUUGGCCAGGCGGUGGAUGUUGUUGGACAGGCUGGUCGUCCCAAGACAAUUACCGGUUUUCAGACCCACUCCACUCCUGUUCUCCUAGCUGCCGGGGAUAGGGCAGAGCUAGCAACAGAGAAAUAUAUUCCCCUAUCACCAAUUCUAGAAGGAUUUGUUAUUUUGAAAGACAAUCCAGACUACACGGAAGAGUGAGGACCAUAAUGAUGGAGCACUAGUUAGCAUUUUCGUUUUCAUAAAAGUAGAAUCGAUAUUAGAAGUCAUAAUUAGUUGUAAAUUUUUAGGCAAAAAGAAAACAUCUGAUAUUCCCUUUAGUCUGAUUUGCAAUUUAAUUCAUAUUGAAAAUCAUGUAAUUUUUAUCACAAAGGUGAUUGUCAUAUUCUGUUUUUGUGUUAACUUUACGGUUCUCAGGGGAAGGUCCCCUUGGUAAUCCAAAGUUCCGUCUAGAAGUAAGGAAAAGUUGACAAUUAUUUACAAAAUUAAUUGUAACUUUGUCACAAUGAUAAUUUAUCAUUAGUUGGUUUAAUCUUAAAUAAUAUAUAUAUAUAUAUAUAUAUAUAU